AAUUCGGCGGCGCCUCACGUGACCGCAGUCUUGUGACUGGCCCAAGAGCAGGAACACGAUUUUCAAGAGUUCGCCAACAGUUUUAAGUAGAUACUGCUGAGAUCAAAAGGAAAGGGAAACAACGAGGCCUUAAUCAGAAAGGUUGUUAUAUUACGAAAACUAAAAUCAGGAGGUUUCUAAAAACUAACAACGUGUAAAUCGGCAUUAAUUGCUGAUAUAUUAGAGCGACAUGCAUUGAACACAAAGGGUCCAAUGUCCAAUUUACCAGCGAGCAGAAAGUAGCUGUAGGGUCGGGAGGGAUACUUUCGUUAUCUGAAGUUCUUGUUUUUAAUCGAGCCCCGGAAAACGUAUGUUAGAUCGGCAGCGUCGUUCUAAAAGCUUGUAGGACGGAAUCAAACUUGAAGGAGCAACACGUCAAAUAUGGACAGCAAACCGCUGCUGCAAGAGAGACCUCCUGCCUACAACGCGGUGCCCGGUGCUUAUGAAUACGGACCACAGCAUAACUACGGGGCCAUUCCUCCGCCUGCCCAGCCACAGCCGGGAUUCCAGCAACCACCGCCGCCGUAUCAGUAUCCCGAGGGACCAGGAUGCACACACCCGUCCCUGCCAGUGCCCCCUGUUGCCCAACAGCCAAACUACACAGGAACGUACACCAUCAUCCAGCCCUCCGUGGUGGUGGUGGGAGGCUGCCCAGCUUGCCGAGUCGGCGUGCUGGAGGAUGACUUCACCUGCCUAGGAAUCCUCUGCGCCAUUGUCUUCUUUCCCAUUGGGAUCCUCUUCUGCCUCGCACUGCGCCAGAGGAGGUGUCCCAACUGCGGAGCCACCUUCGGAUAGGCCAAAACGCGUCUCGAAAGAAAUCCCUCAACUGUUCUUUUGAUCUUUUUUUUUUCUCCUAAAUUGCCAUUCGCCAUGCACUUGCCUCCAUCAGGCUUAUGUUUGUAAAAUUACCCUGUGGCAGCCAAACCCAGAUAUGCAUGUGAGAACGUGUAGCCCAGCCCACCUGCCCCAUUCCCGUUCACAUGCAUGGAAAGGAGGAAAGUAAGUAACUUUGUCAUCUUGCAAUUCUCUACUUUACUAUUCACCUAUUAGCCGGUGCCUUUGAAAUAAACAUACAUAAUCAUGUUAUUUUUAGUAAUGCAAGAACCUGAACAGGGAAUGUGCCACCUAUAUGUAUGAAUACCAAUGAAGGACUGAGGGGGUGAACUGAAAAUGGAGUGGUGUUCCGUGGAUGGAACACAUCCCCCACCAACCCCCUUGAUGCAUCCUAUCCCACCACCAACCUAGUACGCUUCCUAUCCCACCACCAACCUAGUACGCUUCCUAUCCCACCACCAACCUAGUACGCUUCCUUUUUUCUCAAAACAGAUCGUCUUCUGGUAAUCGGUGGUUAUCUAUCAUUCCAUUUGAGCUUUGCUUGAAAUAUCACAAGGGCAUAAUUCCCUAUAUUUUUUUCAGCGUCUAAGCAAUCAUAAGUGCUUUUGCACCUAAUUUAAUCGCAAACAGGCAUCUGUAGCCAAUCAAAUAUGAUCCUUUCCCUUGAGUGAUGUAAAGGAAACAUUCGUUGGAGGAAACCAUUUUAGUAGGAACUCAUGAUGUAGAAACUAGGUGAAUGUUCUACAAUUGUCAUUGUAGGCUCUGUGUUUUUCUAGCACAUCACUGGUGAUGUAUUGGUGAGCAUUCGACUGCUAUUUGCAUCGACCUUAGGAAUCACUUUCGGACCUUGGUCAUUUAAAAUGUAACACUGUGAAUGAUUUCAGGGAAACUUGUGAAGGUAUGUUAGAUGGGGGAAAAACCGGAAGAAAAACUGGACUGAUUCAAGUAGCUCAAGCUCAAGAUAUCAAAUCUGUUCAGCUGUGUUGCAUUCAUACAUUAGGUUAAGAUAUAAAUAUUUCACAGGCAUUUUACCUUGAAAUACACUAAACUCUCCUAUGAUUUAUUGUAACUUUUAUAUAACAAUUGUAAAUAAAAUUGAGCAUGUA